UUGCUUACCAUUUUCUGUUUUUGCAGAGCUGCUGCUGCCGGAGCACCGUUCCACGUUACUGAACGCGCAACCGGUAAACGCUUUUUGGCUCAGCUUCGUCCACUGGACAAUAAUCUAGCACGUAACAUUGAAAUGCACAACAAUUUGGAUCAUCCGAACAUCGUGCAGUUCCACCAGGUCAUUAUGGACCAGGGAAUCGCCGUGCUUGUCUAUGAAAAGUAA